UGUGGGUCGAUGUUUUGGAAAGAGGUGGUCGCAUUGACUUAAAGUCUGAGGACGAAGUAUCAAAUUGUUUGGAACUGAGACACGUGGGUUCUCGUGCUAAAAAGUUGGAUCAUUGAUGUUUUGUAUCUAAAACCUACUAAUUCUGCCUUUAAAAGUAAAUUGGCGUAAGUGCUUAAGAUGUCUUGGAGAGGAGGUGGAGGAAGAGGAGGAGGAGGGGGACGAGGAGGUUUCCGAGGUGGUGGUGGUCGUGGUGGAGGAGGAGGAGGAUUCCGGGGAGGCAGAGGAAGGGGCAGGGGAGGAGGAGGUGGAAACUUUUAUCAGGGUCCACCUGAAUAUGUCACAGAGGUUGGCUCCUACAUGCAUCCAUGCCAGGAUGAUUUGGUGGUACAUGGCAGCAUUGAAAAGAUCCCAUACUUCAAUGCACCCAUCUUUCUGGAAAACAAGCAGCAGAUCGGGAAAGUAGAUGAAAUUUUUGGACAUCUUACAGACUAUUUCUUCUCUAUCAAAUUAUCAGAAAAUAUGUCAGCAUCAUCAUUUAGUAAAGAUCAAAAGUUCUUCAUUGAUCCGAUGAAGCUGCUCCCCUUGCAGAGGUUCCUUCCCCAGCCCGCUGGAGGCAAGGUCCAGAAGAGGGGCGGUGGACGGGGUGGAAGAGGAGGGCGUGGCGGCGGUAGAGGUGGUGGUGGAUUCAGAGGUGGUCGUGGUGGUGGAUUUGGCCGGGGAGGAGGAGGUGGAUUUAGAGGAGGACGAGGCGGUGGUGGCUUCAGCAGAGGAGGAGGUCGAGGAGGUGGUUUUAGUAGGGGAGGUGGCGGUUCCAGAGGAUUCCGUGGUGGAAGGUGAUGACCAAGGAUCAUGUUUUUUUUCCAGCUGGACAAUUUUUAUUUUUUCGAGACCAACCACCACUGUCAUCAUUACAUCACAUAGGAGACAAGGACAAUGCUUCAUCAAAAUGCUUCCUGCACCGUCCCAGGCAAAAUUUAUGAUCAGGGACAAUAGACUAUUGCUGUACUGUGCAACACAUACCUGUCGGACAUAGUAGGGAGUUUUUAUAUGCCCGUUGGAGUUGGGACGUAUUACGGUAUCACGCUCGGUGUCCGUCUGUCCGUCCGUGAACUUUUCAUUGUAAACGUGAUAACUUCAGUUUGACUUAUUCUAGUCUCAUAUGAUUGGGUGUGUAUGAUACUAGCAUGGAUCCCAGGAAGCCUAUUGAUUUUGAGGUCAAAAGGUCAAGGUCACAGUCUCAUCAUGUGCUUGCCUUAGCGACACUCUUGUUUAGACUGUGUGUAUGAGAACAGCAUCCAUGUCCUUUGUAACUGAUCAGAGUUCAGUGGCCCCAUUGACUACAGGUUGCACUCGAUAUGUAUUGCCAUGGGAAGUCAGUGGGUGAUGUCACAC